AUGGGUAAAAAGUCAGGGGCACGCCGUCAUCGUCAUGCAAAAGAACUUGAAGAUAAAGUUGCUGAGGAAAUGGGAACAAAAAAGGUACAAAUUGAUACUGUUAUGGAGUCAGAAAGUGACACAGAUUCAGAUGAUGGUGAACAAACUAAACUGACACCAGAUUCAAAAUGGCAAAAUAGGACAAGAGUUUUAAUGAUGUGUUCACGUGGUACUAUAUUUAGAACAAGAUAUUUAAUGAAAAAUCUUAAAAAUAUAAUGCCACAUGGUAAAUCUGAGUCAAAGUUUUCUAAAAAUGAAAAGUUUAGUGUUAUUAAUGAAAUUGCAGAACUUCAAAAUUGCUCAAAAGUUAUGUUUUUUGAAAAUAGAAAACAUAAAGAUACAUAUUUAUGGUUAGCAGAUGCUUCAAAUGGUCCAAGUGUAAAGUUUCUUGUUCAUAAUAUACAUACAAUGGAGGAAUUAAAAAUGGUUGGUAAUUGUCUUAAAGGUAGUCGACCAAUUUUAAGUUUUGAUGAUACAUUUGAUACUCAACCACAUUUUCAACUUAUUAAAGAAUUAUUAAAAAGUAUAUUUUCAACUCCUAACCAUCAUCCACGUUCUCAACCAUUUAUUGAUCAUGUUUUUACCUUCACAAUUACUCCUGAUGAAAAAAUAUGGUUUAGAAACUUUCAAAUUCCUGAUCCAAAACUUGAACUUUUAGAAGUUGGUCCUCGUUUUGUUUUGGAGCUUAUUCGUAUAUUUGAUGGUUCAUUUGAAGGUGCUGUUCUUUACUCCAAUCCUACCUAUAUAUCUCCAAAUACUAUUCGCAGGGAGAUAAGAAUGAAGUCUCGAAAAAGAAAGCAUCAGUAA